AAGCGACUUGAAAUAAAGACUUCCGGUGCAAGAGGUACGACACGUCAGCACAGUGUUACCCCAGUUAACGCUGCCUUCAAGCCGUGUCGGAAAAACGUAAAUUUCGUCACACACCUCCAAAGCGACAAAUAAAAUACAUUAAAGGUUCGUCGAUGGAAACAAAGAAUAUGUAUUAUAAACAAUAAUAACAGUGAAAUAACGCAGAUAUAUUCACAAAUUUUAGCUUUAGAGCGGCAAGACUGAGAUGGUUUGGACAUUUGCAGAGGAAGGAUAGUGGAUAUACUGGAGAUAUUGAAUAUGAAGCUGACAGGCAGGAGGAACAGAGGAAAACCAAAGAGAAGUCCAAGGUCUCCCCCCUCUCUGGAAAAAAGUUCUUAUAGUUUUGACUUCAGUUUCAUCAUCAAGGCUGGGAGCAAAGAGAGAUGUGCGGAACGAACACUGAUCUGGAAAAUAAAGGUGGUGGAAGUGUCAACCAGUUAGGAGGAAUGUUUCUCAACGGAAGACCGCUCCCACAACCCAAGAGACGAAAAAUGAUUCAGCUGGCCUUGGAGGGAGUCCGUCCAAGCCAGAUCUCCAGGAUACUCAGGGUGUCCAACGGGUGCGUCAGUAAGAUCCUGAGCCGCUACCGGCGCACAGGACUCCUGGAACCCAAGACCAUUGGUGGGAGCCGCCCCCGACUUCUCACCCCCGGUGUCAUCUCCACGAUCAUCCAGUGCAAAAGGGAAAAUCCGACAAUUUUUGCUUGGGAAAUCCGAAAACGUCUAGCAGCGGCGCGGAUAUGCAAGGCCUCCAACGUCCCCAGCGUGUCGUCCAUAAAUAGGAUUUUAAGAAAGAUCCACUUGGACCGCGGACCAUCGUGGACGGACCUCAACGCUGAUGUCAGGGUUGAGCAGGAUUUGUAUUCUCUGGCUCAAGAAGAAGCAAAGAAGUUUGAGAAGUUUGAGACAGGGUGCAGUAAAAAACAGAAAUCCAAAGGUGUGCAGCACAGAAUCCGCACCACCUUUACGCCAGAGCAGAGCAGAGCACUUGAGCAAGAAUUCUCUCGCAGCCAGUAUGCUGACAUGUACACAAGAGAGAAGCUAUCUGCUGAAAUUAAACUUCCCGAGGACACCAUCAAGGUCUGGUUUUCUAACAGACGUGCUAAAUGGAGAAGAGAAGCCAAGCAGAGAGGUAGUACGCAGACAGGUGAAGACUUUGAAAAGCAAAGUGACUUUGUUCCUGUGAAUCCAACAAUGACAUACAGCUUCACAUCUCAACAGGCUACUGGAAUGGCAAAAGUCAAUGCGGACAGCUCCUCGUACAGCACUGUUGCAAGGAAGCUGCAAAAUUGCUGCUUCUUCCCAACAGAAACAGCCGUGAGGAAUUCUGAAUGUCCGACAUCCUCAUUUCCCCAUCUGCCGAGUGACAUGCAAAACAUAGACAAAACUCCUCUGGAUCUCCACAGAGAUGGAUACAGUUUUCCACUGGUUCCCCACCACACAGACAUGAGGAGAACCUGCCCUUUGGCAACAAAGACAGGGGGGGCAGACUGCCCUGUGAUUCAACAGUGGAACCAGCAGGGAAUGCCGUUUACCUGGAGUCAGUUUCAAACAAAUGAGCAGUUUCUGUUGGUCCCGGAUGUGAAUCAGCAUCUCUACAUGGACUGAUAAUGAGACCAGUGGAUCAGCGGGAAGAGCUUUUGACUGCUGCUUAAUUGCUCGACUGAAGGGACACUUUUCAACCAGUAGAGGGAGACAAAGUAUGGACCCAACAAUUUUGUCCUUUCCACCCUUUGCCUCUUAAUUGCACUGCAGCUCGACUCAUCACUUUUCCUUAGGUCUGUGCUGUUAGCACGCAAUGUAAUUUUUGAUUGGUAAGAUAAUUAAAUUAAUUCACUAAACCCAUUUGCAAUGAAGCAAACUUAAUGUGACUUUAUAGCACCAGAAGGGAUGAGAAAAUAGAUAAGAUGAGGAUGAUAAUAAACUUUUUCUUGGAAGAAAGCUUUAUUGUUCUUGUUGCUGGGCAACAAGGACAAUAAAGUUAGGUUCAAGUUAAAGAAGGUAGAGUUUAGUACUGACAGAGAUUAUUAAGAGAUACAUUUUAAUCUCUGAGUAUAAUCUUUAAUGAAUACUUUGCUGUGCUCCUCAGUUAUAUAUCAGUUUUAAAGACUUGUUGACUCCUACAUAAAUGAUUGCUCCAUGGAUCAUUUAAGGUUACCACACGAUGAUAUGGACAUUAUCUCCUUUAUAUUGUUAGGCUUGACAUUUGUGUCAGUGUAGGAGCGUAAGGAACACUUCCAAGAUUUCAGUCCAGGAAAAGCCGGUGGGAGAAUCCCUAAAAAACCCCUAAAGUUUAAAUGCGACCUGAUAUCUGCUCCGCUCGGUAUCACUUUUUACGACUGCAACAGGGCAGAGGCAUUGAGUUCCUUUAUAUCCCUUUACUACAGUGAGGAGACAGUAAGUCUCUGAGUUUCCUGAUAAUUGGUCAGCAGGGGAAAGAUUGGGUUCAGAAUACAAAAAGCUUGGUCAGCAGCAUGGAAGUGGCCUACUGGCGAAAUGACCCCCACUGGAAUAUAACAUCACGAAGCCAGAUAGUCAAAUGAUAUCUCCACGUUUGUGUUGUGACUGUUUCUGAAACAUCCACCAAGCUUGCAUAAAUUGAGGCAAGUUUUAGGAUGACUGCAUAUGAAUUUUUAACAGCAGGUACUGAACACAUGUAUUUAAUUUACAUGCAGUUUUCAAGUGUUUUUAUGCUAAUUUAUGACACAUUUCAGAGAUCAGUAUUUGACCUUUUAUAAGAGUUUUCUUUUUCAGCUCCAGUGAUUUCUUUACAGUUUGUGCUUCUAUAGUAAAAUACCCUAUGAUUUUCUUACAAGAUACAUUUUUAUAUGGAUUGCACCCAUUGUGCCCUUGUGCUUCCCAAUAUUUUUGGUUGCUUGCAUUUCCUCUUCUAAACUCUUCAGCUGUUUUAACCUUUUCUGGAUGGAGAAAUGUAUCCAUGAAUUCAGGAUCUCAUAGAUUACUUAUCUACUGAUAUUUAAUGAAAAAUAAAACUAAAUCCAUUCUGACCUCCUACAGUAUUACAAAGUGAAUAGUAUGUAAAGUCUACAGCAGCGGGCAUGCCCAAUUCUUGUUACAAGGCUUUCAUGUGGUAGUUUUAUCUGUUGUACUGCUUUCUUUUUCUUAAGCAAUAAACCUGAAUACUUAGUGCACUACUUUAAAAGCCUUCAUAUACUAAUUUGACAGAAAUAUUAAUCUUACAUCUGGAGGAUUCUCUGUAUCUUAUCUCAUAUUGAGCAACUAAAACUUUAGGAAUUGGUGAAAAGCACAUCCAAGUUCAACUGAACCUCACUCUAGUCUGGGAUGUCCAAAUUUGUUAUCCAAAUGUUCCUGACAUGUUAUUAUUUAUCUCCUUCCCUUGUUGUAUGUAUGACCCCCGUUGCUUUAGCCACUUAAGAGUAUUUAUUAUACACUAGAAUUUGCUUCUCUGACUGAUAUAAGGACCAAACUGCCAAAAGAUGGAGUAAACAGACUCAGAGAUGGUGUUUCUGGCAUGUUCCUCGCAACAUAUUCCGCAAAGGAAUAUGUCAAGCGCUAAGACGGAUACAGCUUAGUGUAAUGUUAAGGUGUUUAUUAAAAUAGGAAAAUUACAAAAGGUUACAAAUUUUGGGAAAGAUCACCAAUAUGAAACAAAUCACUAACACAAAAUAGCAGCUGUUAUAUUUUACAGUAUACAAACAUUUGAACAGAAUGAUCAAGGAAUAAAAAUACUCAAGUAUGAUAUUUACAAAAAUUACAAUUUGUAUGAGGCUUUUUAUAUUAGGGAAAAUUAAAUAACAGCAACGGCACCUUAAGAGCAUUCGUUGUGGUUCAUGAUCUGCCACAUGAGUAUUGGUUUUAGCUGUUUAAUCAGCCUUUCAGGAAGUUACCUUUCCAUAAAUUAGCCACUUUACAGACCUUCACUUUGAUUGGAAACCUGUGUGAGACUAUUAAAGGCUUGCAUUCAUACAAUGAUACUGAAUACCGUUUGUUUCUUUACAAGAAUUCCUGUGAAUCCUGGCCAAAUGACUUACUCACUGGUUAGA